AUGUCUGCUCAAGAGACGGGAGACGUAAGCACCCAUAAUAAUAAUAAUAAUGAGAAUAUUGAGGAGGAGCGUGCGCAAUCUGCAGGAUCCAAAAAAGAGUCGGUUUUGUCGCACUUUACAAAUAGUCUUGGCGAGGUAGAAAAAGAAUUGGUGCCAGACGUUGUGCUCCCGUCUAAUUUCAGCAAAUGCCCGCGGAGCGAUCUGGUGAUCUUGAUCUCGAGAAUGCUCUCCUUCCUAAUACACAUCAAUGAUUCGGCCUCCAAAACGGAGCAGUACGAGCUAACUCGAUUCCAUUCAAGAGUGCCGCCGCAAAUAUCGGUAUACGACUAUCUGAUGCGAAUGACGCGAUACUCAGUGCUCGAACCGGCUGUGCUGAUAGCUUCUGUUUACUACAUCGAUCUGUUUUCCGCCGUGUACCCUGCAUUUUCAUUGAAUUCGCUCACAGUGCAUCGUUUUCUACUUACCGCAACGGCUGUGGCUAGCAAGGGACUCUGCGACUCCUUUUGCACCAACACUCAUUAUGCCAGGGUAGGAGGGGUACAGUGCAGCGAGCUGCACGUUUUGGAGAACGAUUUUUUGAAGCGUGUGAAUUACCGAAUUCUACCUCGAGACGACAACAUUAUGAACUGCAAAAUAGAGCGCCAGGAGGACGUGUUUGUUACGGCCAGCUACGUUGAGGGAAACGUGAGAGGUCCGAACAAUGGAUUCAACGUUCUAGACACCUACUACCGCAAAAUAAUCGAAAUAGUUGGCAGCUACGACUCGUCGCCCGACAAGACCAAAAAGGCACACUACUCCAUGGAAACGCCACCUAGCAAACGGGACGCCGAGCCGUCGAAGACGCAGAAGAAGAAGAAGCGGGUUCUGGAAGAAUCAGACGCAGAUCUCAAAGCCAAUGGCACCAAGAAACCAGCAUGA